AUGGAGUUGCAGACCCUGAUGCUAGCUGGGAUGAACAAUCAAGUGGUAAUGGGUGGCUACCAUAAGCGCUGGUGUGGGCAGUGCGGCAUUCUCCGUGAUGUGACCAUGUCGUGUCUCCUGCCUGAUAAUAUACUGCAGGGCACUAUCCAACGUAUGGUAGCUGGAUCACGAAUUAAUGCGAUUCGUGCAGCCACUGGAUCUUCAGUACGAGAUUGCAUCGUUCAUGUGCUUGUUGAUAAACCGGUCAUGUUCGGACUGAUUUCCUGCCAUAGCUGGCGUCCUGUGCAGGACGAGUCCCACUUUCACAAUUUGGUGAGUGUUUGCCAGUAUGAUGUGGUGAGGCGCACAGCUGCCGCUAAGCUUCACGUGUGGUCGCUGAUACAGCCUUUUUCCCACGUGCCUUCUGUCGCCCUGAACUACGGUAUCCCAGAAAGCCUGUCGGAGAAACCUGAAAGCGUAGCAGUGGCGACCGUACAGAGCAGCGAGCCAAUGUCUUCAUCAAUUUCCUGUGAAGACUCGUCAUAUCUUUGCGAAAAGAGACAGCAGCUCUGGUCGUACUGA